AUGGGCAAGGUCCACGGUUCCCUGGCGCGUGCCGGCAAGGUGAGGGGCCAGACGCCGAAGGUCCCCAAGCAGGACAAGAAGAAGAAGCCCACAGGCCGUGCCUGCAAGCGCCUCAAGUACAACCGCCGCUUCGUGAACGUCGUCGUCGGCCCGGGCAAGAAGAAGGGGCCCAACUCCAACCAGCAGUGA